AUGCCGAAUUUGUACAAUAAUAGUGGUGGCCGAGUUUCCCUUAUUCAUAACUCGUCAUAACUCAGCCUUCUUCUCCACGUGUUGACGCUUCGUAUAAACUACCUUCUCCACCGCUCCUCCUUCCACCGCCCUUGCUAACUUUUUGAAUCGAGAAUCUCCUUCCACCCCCUUCCACCCCCCCGUGAUUGCAGUUGGAAGAAAGCUUUUUGAUAAAUCCGAUCCCCCUUUUUUUAUUUUAUCCGAUUGGGCGGUCGUCUGAUAUGGUGGCGGAGGGGGUGGGCCCUUCUGUGGAGGCGGCGGCGGCCGUGGUGGCGCUCCGCCUUAAGGCCGCUACGAGUUGGUGGGACGUAGUUAACGAGUCGCCCGCCUGGCAGGAUCGUAUAUUCCAUGUCCUCGCCGCGCUUUAUGGGAUCGUCGCCGUUGUUGCUCUUGUACAAUUGGUUAGGAUACAAUUGAGAGUACCCGAGUAUGGUUGGACGACACAAAAAGUAUUCCAUUUCCUCAAUUUCGUGGUCAAUGGAGUUCGUUGUGUGGUAUUUGCAUUCCGUCGAGACGUUCAGAAGUUGAAUCCUGAGAUUGUUCAACACAUAUUGCUUGAUAUGCCAAGUCUUGCAUUUUUCACUACGUAUGCGUUGCUGGUGUUGUUCUGGGCAGAAAUUUAUUACCAGGCUCGUGCUGUAUCUACUGAUGGGCUGAGGCCUAGUUUUUACACAAUAAACGGUGUCGUAUAUGUCAUCCAGAUAAUCCUGUGGUUAAUUCUGUGGUGGAAGCCCAUUCCCAUAGUUGUGAUUUUAUCCAAAAUGUUCUUUGCAGGUGUUUCAUUAUUUGCAGCCUUGGGUUUCCUUCUCUAUGGUGGAAGGUUGUUCUUAAUGCUGCAGCGUUUCCCUGUGGAAUCAAAAGGACGGCGCAAGAAGCUACAGGAGGUUGGCUAUGUUACCACAAUAUGUUUUUCAUGUUUUCUCGUGAGAUGCAUUAUGAUGUGCUUUAAUGCAUUUGAGGCAGCUGCAGAUCUAGAUGUUCUGGAUCAUCCUAUUUUGAAUUUCAUUUACUAUCUGCUUGUGGAGAUCUUACCUUCGUCUCUUGUCCUAUUCAUAUUGAGAAAAUUGCCUCCAAAACGCGGGAUCACACAAUAUCAUCCAAUCAGGUGAUGGGAAAAGCAGCAGAUAUAUAAACGCGGUUUAAAAAAAAAAAAAACUGCAGGGUUGGGAUAAAUGAUGAUAUAUGCACGUUGAGGCUUGAAAACAAGUAGUAACUGAAGAUAGGAUGCAGAAAAUGUGAAAAAUCGACCAUUGUAUAUGGGCAAGUCCCAACCGUGUGUGAAUGCAUAUUAGCUUUCUCUUAAUUUCAGUCUGCGUUUUUUCUUUCUUUCUUUCUUUUAUUAUAUAAAGGUUUAGGCGAACGAUGAACGUAAAAAUGUAGUUAUAAUGCACAUUUGUGUCAUCUUUUCAUACCAAUUUUCUUGCCUCUUCCUUUACCAUUAAAA